AGGGUUACUACUCCAAUACCCAUACUUCACCCUGGCUCAGCUGGCUGCACAUGGUGAAAGAAUUACAAUACUGACUUUGAGAGUCAAGAUAAAAAGAAGGCGGUUCUUAAGUCUUAUUUGAGACCUACAAAAUCUGAAGGCAAAAAGGGGACCCGAUUAUUCUCUUAAAACUGCUAAUAAUUUCUGUGACAAACUCCUGGGACAAAAACUGUCGUGUCCAACGCUGCAGAAUGGAAAUAUCCAAAGGGGAUGAACAUUCAACUGAGCAUGCUGCCAAUUUACUAGGUUCACCUGGUCGAGACAAUCAGAUGAGACACAGUGGACAGGGCCACAAGAAGAGGUCGAACAACUGCAUGGUAAUCGUUGUGGUAAUGUUGCUGUGCUUGUUGAUCACUGUCAUCACAGUCAUAUUUGCCUUGAAGCAGCACUGCAAUGUUAAAGUGACGAGCUGUAAGAACAGGUGUGUGACUGGGAGCAUUGACAAGUCUGCAUCGUGCCACUGUGACCCGUCUUGUGAGAAAGAGGGAAACUGCUGUCUUGAUUACACUGAGGUGUGCGUAGACCCUGGUCAGCGCUGGACCUGCUCCAGAUUCCGCUGUGGCGAGCAAAGGUUGGCCGAUAGCCUGUGCUCAUGCUCGGAUGACUGUGUGAAAGCAGGGGACUGCUGUGCAAAUUACUACAGCACCUGCAAAGUGGGAGUGAAGUCCUGGAUAGAAGAGGAGUGCGAGGACAUUCAAACACCCCAAUGUCCUGCCAGUUUUUCCAAACCCCCUCUGAUCCUGGUGUCUAUGGAUGGCUUCCGGGCAGGUUAUUUAAAGGCCUAUGGCAGUCUUCUUCCAGUCAUCAACAAAUUACGCAACUGUGGCACCACUACCCCGUACAUGAGACCUGCCUAUCCCACCAAGACCUUCCCCAACCACUACACCAUUGUGACUGGUCUCUAUCCAGAGUCCCAUGGGAUCGUGGACAACAAGAUGUACGAUGUGACCCGCAACGCCUCCUUCAGUCUGAAAGUGGCAGAGAAAUUCAACGCCAAGUGGUACCAAGGAGAACCAGUUUGGCUCACUGCCAUGUACAAUAAGCUGAAGUCAGCCACAUUCUUCUGGCCGGGUGCUGAUGUGGCCAUCAAUGGAAGAUUUCCCGACUUCUACAAGAAGUAUGACAGGAACAUCCCAUUCGAGGAGAGAAUCUCAACCAUAUUUCAAUGGCUGAAUUUGCCUCAAGGGGAAAGGCCUGAUUUCUACACUCUGUACCUGGAGGAACCAGACUCUGCUGGCCAUCGAUACGGACCAAUGAGCAGUCAGGUGAUUGAGGCCCUGCUGAACGUAGACAGGUUGUUGGGAUUUCUAAUGGACGGCCUGAAACAGAAGAACCUACACCACUGUGUCAACCUGGUGCUCCUGUCUGACCACGGAAUGGAGGAAGCUUCCUGCAAGAAGGCUGCAUUCGUGAACUCGUACCAGGACAACGUGGAUGACUUCACUGUCGUCCAAGGCCCUGCUGCACGAAUCCGACCCAAGAGAGUCCCUGAAGACUUCUACUCCUUCGACUAUGAAGGCCUGGUGAAGAAUCUGUCGUGCAGGAUCCCUGACCAGCCCAUGAGGCCCUACCUAAAAGAGCACCUCCCCAAACGGAUGCACUUCGCUAACAACGUGCGCAUCGAGAGGGCCCAUCUCUACAUGAAACCUGGUUGGCAGGCAGCACUUCAGCCUAAAGAAAUCAAGUACUGCAGUGGUGGAUUCCACGGCUCGGAUAACGUCUUCAAAAACAUGCAGACCAUUUUCAUUGGUUAUGGACCAGGGCUGAAAUACAAGACUAAUGUUGCACCUUUUGAAAACAUUGAAGUCUACAACCUCCUGUGUGAUUUGUUGGACAUUCCCCCUGCUCCUAACAACGGGACCCACGGGAGUCUGAACCAUCUGCUGAAGAACCCUCCCCACCUCCCUGUGUACCCAGCUGAGCUCUCCUCUGACUCCACCUGUGAGGCGAGUGGCCCUGCCCCUUCUGACAAUCUGGGCUGCAGCUGCAGCGCCCGCACCAAAGCAGCGGAGAAGACUAUGAACAGGCAACUCAUCAAGGCUAAUUCCAAUUCCGGAGCCAAGGCUCUUCACCUACCGUAUGGAAUCCCUCGAGUUCUCCAGGAGAAUGCAGACUACUGCGUCCUUCACCACGCCGACUACGUCAACGGUUACAGCAAAGAUAUUCUCAUGCCGUUAUGGGUCGCCUAUACAAUUAACCCACUGAACAAUGUCCAGCCACUGAGUCCAGUAGCAGAGGCAUGUGUCCGUACAGAUGUCCGUGUGGCACCGCUCUCUAGUCAGAACUGUGUCAGAUACAGGGAUAACCCUGCCCUGUCCUACGGCCUGCUGCAUCCACCCAAUCUGGGUGCCAAUGGAACAGAGGCAGAGUCAUUACUUACCAGCAACAUGGUGCCCAUGUAUCCUGCCUUUAAAGAUGUUUGGAUGUACUUCCAUGAUGUCCUCCUGGUGAAAUAUUCCCAGCAGCUGAAUGGGGUCAAUGUUGUCAGUGGACCUAUCUUUGACCAGCUCUACGAUGGACACUUUGAUGCUCCCAAAAUUAUCACACUACACGAGGCUCCCAUCCCCACUCACUUCUAUGUGAUCCUGACCAGCUGUGGGAACUCGUCCUUCUCCCCUGCUGACUGCCAGGGUCGUCUGGAGACCACAUCCUUCAUCCUCCCCCAUAGAUCUGACCACACUGAGACCUGUGCUAAUGGCUCAGACUUCCAGUGGGUUCAGGAGUGGGCCGAGUUCCACGCUUCCCGGGUCCGAGACGUAGAGCUCCUUACUGGACUCAGCUUCUACCACGACAGGAUAUCAGUGGAGGAAACACUACAGCUCAAGACAUUUUUACAGACUUUCUAAGAUCCCAUGAAGUCACGUCAGGAGGGUUUUGGUACUAUUGGUACUAUCAUUUUAGUAUUGGGCCUUAUUACACAAGUUUGAAGGUAAAACAUUUUGUGCUAAAUGUGUAGUUCUGGUGUAAUCCUUAUAUUUAAGUGCAUAAAAAGGAGUAAAGAGUUCUGUUUAAGUCAGAAACUGCCUGAAAGUAAUUUGGUCUUCAAUCCCUCAAACUAGUAACAUUAAACUUUUUUUAAUUUAUUUUUUUACCUUUAUUUAACUAGGCAAGUCAGUUAAGAACAAAUUCUUAUUUUCAAUGACGGCCUAGUGGGUUAACUGUCUGUUCAGGGGCAGAACGACAGAUUUGUACCUUGUCAGCUCGGGGGUUUGAACGUGCAACCUUCCGGUUACUAGUUCAACACUCUAACCACUAGGCUACCCUGCCACCCCUAAACAUACAUAAAGACUUUGUGUGGAAAAAGAAAGAAGCCAUGUUAUGAGUCUAAUAUAAUAGACCUUUGUCAGUGUAGACUUUACCAGAACAUUGUACCAAAAAGUAAUGUACUGCUCUGCUGAAUCCCAAACACCACUUGUUCAUCCCAGGGAAAAGAGAGGGGAAUAGUCUUAGACAACACAUUUUCAUGCCAUAGGAUUUUAUAUGACAAAGUGAUUAUAAUAGCUGGGACAUUUUCAGGAAAUCUCGGACAAUCUGGAAUGGAAACGUUUGUAUCGGCCAUUUGCAGAAGGACUGAAACACUGCCAUAAUUUUUUUACUCUUGAGGUGUGAUUUGGGGAGUUGGCUGAAAGACAUGGCAUUUACGCCAAAAUGAGAAUUUUGUGAAAAGAAAAAAGUGUUUGUUCUACGAAAACAAACAACAGAAAAUGUUUAUGCUCGCACUUGCCAAAUGUUGUCAUUGUAUGUUUGACUUGAUUAUAGUUUUUGUUAAUAUUGAUGUUUUUUAUUGCUCUGUAACUGUAAAUGUAAAGUGAAGUUUGUCGGCAACUGGGAUUAAAUUAUUGAUAGAA